AUGGUACCCGAUCCUCAGGAGCGAAAUCUUCGCAGAUUCUGCAAGAAGCAGGGUUUCAAGAUCACGGAAGUCGAGAGGGUGAAGGCUGCCUUCGACAAGGCAGACAAAGACGGGAGUGGCGCCUUGGACCACUACGAGUUCCAGCAAGUAUACUGCCAACUUGAGGGCAUCGAUGUGUCACAGGUCAACGAGACGAAGUUCCGAAUCCUCUGGCAAGAGGUGGAUGAGGACUUUUCUGGCAGCAUCGAUCUCAUGGA